CAUACUUUCUGAAAAAAAAAAAAAAAGAUGAUGAAAAACUUCAUGGGUUCGAUUCUCUUCCUAAUGUUGAUCGGUUCGGUUCUUGUGGAGGCUCGUCCCCUCGGUCUUAGCCAAACCGAAGAGAAGCUUAUGGUCGGUUUUUUCGACGGUUUGUCGCUCGGUUCGAUCAAGCAGUCGGGUCCGAGUCCGGGGGAAGGGCAUCGAUUCGCGGAUCAAAGGAAUACACUCGGAAGUAUUAAGCCCUCGGGUCCUAGCCCGAGCGGACCUGGUCACUAGUGAAUCUAAACCGGCGGUUCGCACGGACGAAGCCGGUUUGAUGUGGUUGUCCCGGUUAGGUGAACCCGGUGACUCGGUUAUUUAUUUAUUUUGUUAUUUCAAUUUAUCCAUUAUUUCGAGUGGGGAAUGAAUAAGAUCUAAUUAAUAUGUAUACAAUAAAAUACAAUAGAAUGCGGGAGAAAAUAUCGGGGAAAGGAAAAUGUAGUUGGCCCUCGUUUUUCUAUCGAUAGG